UGCUCUUGAGUCAUCGCUUUCUGUGGCUAGGUGGAUGUGGCAUCCGUGGCCUUCCCUGCCAUCCCCACAAAGGGCAGGGCUUCCUCAAGUCGGUGAACUCGGGUCGUCAGAAGUAGGGGGACUUUGCCUGGACCUGUGGUCUGGCACUCUGCGAGGGUCUUCUACCUGCACAGUUCCAUGGGGGAUGCCUUCCAUUUAGCCUGCAGCCAUUAAUCCUCAGCACAGUUGCACUGUGGAUUUGAGUCUCAUGAAAUGGCUGCAGGCAAUGGCAAACAAGACUUCACAUGACGGGCCGGCACGCCAGAACAUUUUAUCUUCACUGCAGCCGCCAUUCAAGUGGCAGGAUAUCUGCUUUUAAACACCUAAACUUGAGCUCCGAGUUGAACCCGGUCAGUGGAAUGGGGGCAGGCCUCGUUGCCUUUCCUUACUGCUGUUCUUGCUGUGAAGGUGCAGAUGACGAGGAGAAGAAGCCGAUUCUCAGUGAGACCCUGCUGUACUUUGACCGCACAGCAAAGCGUCGGCGUGCCGAAGAGACCAACCUCUGGAGUGAGCCUUUGGAUAAAUCUCACAUGGAGCGAGAUGACGACCGUGAACUCUUUAACCUGCUGCAUCGGCGGGCCAAGACCAAGCGGGGUUCUGAGGGUUACCGACGGCUCAGCUUCGACAUCCAUGCCUUGAGACAGAUGAGGCGCGACGUCCUAGGCAGGUGGAAGAUGAUCCUUGAGAGUCUGGGCUUCCAGGCAGAGGCGGACUCACUCCUGACCGUCUCCUCCAAUGCGUCCUACUCUAGUCUGCGCCAUCCCACCAAUGCACGGGCCUUUCUGCACACACUGCACCAGGAGACCAGCAUCUUUGACACCAAGGAUGCACCUCCAGAGAGAUACCUGUUUGUUCUGGAUCGUCUAAUCAUUCUUGAUGUGGCAGAAGAUUUUGUCAACAAGGCCAAACGCUAUUACCCUAUGGAGGAGGAGGAGGAGGCGGCGCUGGCAGACAGGGAAGUGGACGCUGAAAGCAGUGCACCCAUCCUAAUGGAGCAGAUGCUGACACCGACGUCCGUCGAGGACACAGAGGAGCUGGCAGCAGAGCUUGAUGAAGACGUGUUCAUGUCCAAAUCUCUGGAGUGAUGGGCACACCGGACAGGCAAUAGAACUGACGCCCAUCUUAUCCUGGCUUUAGCACCACAGCAACUUCUUGGGGGAUUUUAUAAUGUGGGUAUGAGGUGGGGCGGAGUAAGCCAACAAUAAACGCUUUGCACUCUGGCAGAUUUGUUCUUUUUUUUUUA